GCUUCCAGAGCUAACUGAGCGCGCGAGAAUGGAGGUCUCCCGCCCAGCCCUGGGCCCCUUGGUCACCGAGCUGUAUGACGUACAGGCUUUCAAGUUCGGGAGCUUUGUACUGAAAAGCGGGCUCUCCUCCCCAGUCUAUAUCGACCUGCGGGGCAUCGUGUCACGCCCGCGUCUUCUCAGUCAGGUCGCAGACAUUUUAUUCCAAACUGCCAAAAAUGUCGGGAUCAGUUUUGACAGUGUGUGUGGAGUUCCUUAUACAGCGUUACCACUAGCGACAGUUAUCUGCUCAGCCAACCACAUUCCCAUGCUCAUUAGGAGGAAGGAAACAAAAGAUUAUGGUACCAAGCGCCUUGUAGAAGGAGAGAUUAAUCCUGGGCAGACCUGUCUGGUCAUUGAGGAUGUCGUCACCAGUGGGGCCAGUGUUUUGGAGACUGUUGAAGUUCUUCAGAAGGAGGGUCUAAAGGUGACUGAUGCCAUAGUGCUGCUGGACAGAGAGCAGGGAGGCAAGGACAAGCUGCAGGCCCAGGGGAUCCGUCUCCACUCAGUGUGCACGUUGUCCCAAAUGCUGGAGAUUCUCGAGCAGCAGAAAAAAAUUGACGCUGAGAUGGUAGGGAAAGUGAAGAGGUUCAUUCAGGAGAAUGUUUUUUCAUCAGCUAAUCAUAAUGGUUUUCCACCUCCUGAGAAGAAAGCAUGCAAAGAGCUCAGCUUUGGUGCUCGAGCAGAGCUGCCUGGAAUCCACCCACUUGCCUCAAAACUUCUCAGGCUUAUGCAGAAGAAGGAGACCAAUCUGUGUCUGUCUGCUGAUGUGUCAGAGGCCAGAGAGCUGCUGCAGCUAGCAGAUGCGUUGGGACCCAGCAUCUGCAUGCUCAAAACUCAUGUCGAUAUUCUGAAUGAUUUUACUCUGGAUGUGAUGGAAGAGUUGACAGCUCUGGCAAAACGCCAUGAGUUCUUAAUAUUUGAAGACAGGAAAUUUGCUGAUAUAGGAAACACAGUUAAAAAGCAGUAUGAAAGUGGCAUCUUUAAAAUAGCUUCCUGGGCAGAUGUAGUAAAUGCCCACGUGGUGCCAGGCUCAGGAGUUGUGAAAGGCCUACAGGAAGUGGGCCUGCCUUUACAUCGAGCGUGCCUGCUCAUUGCAGAAAUGAGCUCUGCUGGCUCCUUGGCCACGGGAAACUACACCAAGGCAGCAGUUGGGAUGGCUGAGGAGCACUGUGACUUUGUCAUUGGCUUUAUUUCUGGCUCUCGAGUAAGCAUGAAACCAGAGUUUCUUCACUUGACCCCAGGAGUUCAGUUAGAAACAGGAGGAGAUCAUCUUGGCCAGCAGUACAAUAGUCCACAAGAAGUGAUUGGUAAACGCGGUUCUGAUGUCAUCAUUGUAGGCCGGGGAAUACUUGCAGCAGUUAACCGCCUGGAAGCAGCUGAAAUGUACAGAAAAGCUGCCUGGGAAGCUUAUUUGAAUAGGCUUCCUGUUGAGUGAGAAGACAUUGAAAAUGGGAGGUAUCCCAAAAGUGGCUGGCUUCAAACACCGGCUCUCAGGGCCCUGCAUCGGGUCAGUGAGAGGCAGACUCUGGAGCAUCAUAUCAUGGUCUCUGACUUGUAGUCACUGCAUCGGUGCUGUAAUGAGCUCUUUUUAAAGCUUUCCUUGAGAAUGGUAUUCGUUUGGCAGCCACCACCUUUGAGAUUCCUCGGUCUAGACUGCUUAAUUCUUUUAAUUCAGUGAGAUCAGUCAUAUACAUCUACUGUUAGCUGCUUACCUCCUCCAGUGCCAUGAAACUGGAUCUUUCAAUGGAGCAGGAGUUCUAGUUCAUUCCACUCAGCAGUCAGUGUAGAAAGUCCACUGCAGCUUCCUCUUGCCACCUCUGCAUGUAAGAGAAUGGAAGAACCAGUUCCCCACUGUCAUUAAUGUCUGUUUGCUAAUGGGCUGGGGGUUCGUAAUGGAUGGCCUGCUGGUUAAGAGCACUGUUUCUCUUACAGAGAGAGGAUCAACAUUUGGUUCCUAGCACCCACAUUGUAGCUCACAACCAUCCAGUUCCCGGGGAGCCAAUCUCCUCUUCUGGCUUCCAGGGGCUACAUGCAUGGGAUACAAUACACUUUUACUUAAUAAUAAUAAAAAAAGUCUUUGCCAGUGCUAAAAGGGAAAAUUUUAGUACAGAACUGUUUGCUCACAGACAGAGAAAUUGGAUGCCUCCAGCAGUGUGAUCUGACCCGUGUUUCACACAUAGAACUUACCUGUGCCCAUUGCAAGUGGAAUUCACAGCCUCAGGAAACUUGAACAAGCUCCCCCUUUGGUUCACAUGUUUACCAAGCAGAGCACCAUCACCCUAGUUUGUGCCCUCCACACAUUAUUAGCGGUACCUUACAUUCUUAUUCCAGUCAAAAGGAAAGAUCCCUUAGCAUUCAGCAGAUAGCUGUGUGUAAAUAGUCUAGAGGAGAUGCCUGGUGAGUACCAGACAGAGGGGUCUGCGAUGUAGCCUGCUAACCUCCUUAGCACUCAGUCAGUACGGCACCCAGUCUACACAUCGGUAAGAUUAGCAAGUGCACACACUCAGCAAGUAACCAUGCAUCUGUAGUAAAGUGGAAUCAAGUAGCCACAGUGCUUGAAGGAGUCUAACUGCAGCAUGAUCCCAUCAAGUGAAAGCAUAAGGCAUGAGUCUCGGGUGGGUUUGAACUAAUAUCUGAGAAAAGCUGUCAGGAUCUAAGGAAACUUCCCUUCUAGGCCUUAGCUUAGUCUUAGUCUCCAGCAGCUGUGUGAUUCCAGGAAUCCAAAGGGACCUUUCAGUUGUAAGCUGCAGACCUAAACUGAGGCCCUAAUGUUAACUUCAUGGGCAUGGGCUUUAGAGCAGUCUUUUGGGGACCAAAUAAAAAAUGCACUAGCACAAUGCAUUAGGCCCUACACUGUUAAUUCAGACCAGCAUUUGGGGAAAUAGGAAACAAAGUACUGAGCCGGGCAGUGGUGGCACACGCCUUUAAUCCCAGCACUUGGGAGGCAGAGGCAGGCGGAUUUCUGAGUUCGAGGCCAGCCUGGUCUAUAGAGUGAGUUCCAGGACAACCAGGGCUACAAAGAGAAACCCUGUCUUGAAAAACAAAACAGAAAAAAAGAAAGAAGAAACAAAGUCCUCUUGAGGACAGACUUACCGUAUCUGUUCCACCCAUUCAAACUAACUACAGUACGUUUGACCAAGUCAGUUCAUCUUAAAAUAAUAUUAAAUGCUGCUUUUCCAGA